AUGGCCCAAAAGGGAGAUAAGACAAUGGACAAAGAUAAGAGCACCCUGGACAAGAGAGAAGAGAAGAUAGUCACAGAAUCUAUUGAUAGAGUGGAAAUGUUAGGGGGACGGCUUCUGCUAGACGGCCCCAUAUAUGAUCUAGACGAGGCGUUGGUGACCGAGAUAGGAGAUGAAGUGAUAGAUGAGGAGAUGAGUGCUGUAGGAGAAGAGUUAGAUGAGGAAGGACUGUUGGAUGAGCCGGAGGUGAGAGGAAUACGACCGAUAAACGAGCAGAGCGAUGAGCUGGAGGAAAUAAAGAAAGAAAUAAAAAAGGAACACGCUGACACCAAGAAGUCGGUGGCAGCGGUGUGUGGUGCCAUGGUCACCUCAGUAAGGAAAAUGGCCGCGGCUCUAGCGAAAGCAGAGGAGUUCAACGACGAGCAACGGACUAAGGUCGUGAAUCGCCUGGAAGGACUGGCUGAGAAGCAAACACAGUUCGUUGAGAGAUACUCAUCAAUCGUCCGAAUUUUCAAUGGGAGAUUACUUGACCACCAGGACGCCUACAGAGAGGACAGAGAUGAGAGAGCCAGACUGAUUGAGGAAAACUUGAUGAAGAAAGAGGGAGAAUUGGAGAAAAGAGAGGAUGACUUGAGACAGGAGAAAAUACUGUGGAGACGAGAGAAGGAGAGGAGCGCGACGAGGAGAUUAGAGGUAUUUAUGAAUGAACAUGUUGACUGUGUUGAGCAACUUUCUGCUGGAUGUGAAGUAGAUACUGAUGUAAUAGGGAGUAAUGUUAACUAUCUUAGAGGAAACCGAGGUGAGCCGACUGAACGUGAGGGUUUAGCUGAUAAAGAUGAGAUCACGAGAGCGGUUGCUUCGGAAUUUAGGAAGUUAGGAAUAGAACAGGUGUUAGAGAAGUUAGAAAAAGCAAAAAAUGAAAAGGCAAAAGAAACGAUUAAGUUGGAAGUGACAAAUAGAGACGCGGGUUCAAAACGAGACUACAAACUGACUAGUCAGACCAAAUGUCAGAGUUGA